CCGGGUCCCGGCGCGCGGCGUCCAGGUUGGGCCACUAUGGUCAUGGCGGAGGGCACGGCCGUGCUCAGGAGGAACAGGCCCGGCACCAAGGCCCAGGAUUUCUACAACUGGCCUGAUGAAUCCUUCGAUGAGAUGGACAGCACGCUAGCCGUUCAACAGUAUAUUCAGCAGAACAUACGAGCAGACUGUUCCAACAUCGACAAAAUCCUCGAACCCCCUGAAGGGCAAGAUGAAGGCGUCUGGAAGUAUGAACAUUUAAGGCAAUUUUGUCUGGAGCUGAAUGGGCUUGCCGUCAAACUUCAGAGCGAGUGCCACCCGGACACCUGCACCCAGAUGACAGCCACGGAGCAGUGGAUUUUCCUCUGCGCCGCUCACAAAACUCCCAAAGAGUGUCCCGCCAUAGAUUACACCAGGCACACGUUGGAUGGGGCUGCUUGUCUGCUCAACAGCAACAAAUACUUCCCCAGCAGGGUCAGCAUCAAGGAGUCGUCGGUGGCCAAACUGGGGUCGGUCUGCCGCCGCAUCUACAGGAUCUUCUCCCACGCUUACUUCCACCACCGGCAGAUCUUCGACGAAUACGAGAACGAGACCUUCCUGUGUCACCGGUUCACCAAAUUUGUGAUGAAAUACAACCUGAUGUCCAAAGACAACCUGAUCGUGCCCAUUUUGGAAGAGGAGGUCCAGAACUCAGUGUCCGGGGAGAGCGAAGCGUGACGAGACCCUCCCGAAAAGCGCCCCCGGACCCCCGUCCCCCGAGUCCGUACCGUCUCUACCAUUUUAGACCCUUCGAUCCCGUUUCCCCGUAUCCUCGCUUCUCCACCCGCCGCGGGCCGCCUUCUAAAACGGGAGAGAGUCUUCAGUUAUCCCGGAGCCGCGCGGUCACCGCCGGCGCUCGGGGGUUUUUAAAUCAGACGAGCACCCUCCCGCUCCCGAUGCCCGUUAAUAAAAGAAUGGACCGUU